GAAACCAGCAGCGGUAGCCCUUUCAGCUCCGGCGUUUCCUCUCCCCUCUCUAGUUGCCUCCUCUCCCAUUCACUCCCUCGGUCCCUCCCUCUCAUUCUCUCUCUCCGACGAGAUAAAUCAAGCGAGAACCGCUGUUCAUCGUCUUCAACCUCUUGACAGAGGCGGUGAAUCAGUGGCGAUUCUCUCCCCUCCGGCCUCUCUCCUCUUCCAUUUCGUCAACCUCUGCGCUCCUCUCUCUUUCUCCUCAAUCCCCUAUUCUUUUUAAUGUAUCUCCACCACUGAACCACCGAUCACCAUUGGUCACCACUGUCGACUGAAGAAAUCAGACUACGGUACCCCCUGUUGCAUCAUUUGAAUUUCGGCCAACAUCUCAACUCAGGUGAAGACUAUAAAUAACACCAUGGAGUUGGCAGACAGGGCAGUAGGGUUUCUGUUAUCUGUUAUCAGCUUAUCUAUAUUCACUUAUUAUACAUUUUGGGUCAUCAUCCUGCCCUUUGUAGACGGUGAUCAUUUUAUCCACAAGUACUUUCUCCCUCGAGAAUAUGCUAUAUUGAUACCUGUGGUUGCUGGUGUGGCACUUCUCUGCUUCUUAUGUGCCUUUAUUGGACUUGUGAUGCUUAAAUCGAAAAAGAAGGCUUGAGGAAUUUACAAUUUCCUUCCUCGUUAACUAACAUGAGCCUGGAUUAUUUAUUUCUGGUUGGUUGUAUACAUAUCGUAGCUGCUUUGAAGUGAUAACAGAUUACACAUUUUAUAUUCUUUGUCAAUUAUUGACACCCUGCUAUUUCUGUUCCUUUGAGACAUUAAAUCUUAAAUUUGCCCUUGUGGUUUUUGAUAUUUAGCUUGUUGCCUUGUUGGUGCAUGAAUUGGAUAUGAUUGUAAUUUGUGAAGUUGUUCUUGUAAAGAGGAAAAUCUUUCACCCAA